AUGAAUAAGUCCACUAGCCUGAGGGUGCGCUUGCCAGUGCUGGUACUGUUGAUGGAAGUGGUUUUCCUUGGUCUCUUUGCCGGCUUUGUCACCUACGACGACAAUGCCAACGCCAAGUUUCAGAACAAUGAGACCAACCCUAUGGACAACUCCCUGUAUCGGGACUAUCCCUUCUUCGCGGAUGUGCAGGUGAUGAUCUUCAUCGGCUUCGGCUGCCUGCUGGCCUUCCUGCGGCUCUACGGCUUCAGCGGGAUGGUCUUCAACUUCUUAACAGCCACCUUCACCAUCCAGUGGGCCAUCUUGAUUCAGGGCUAUUUCCAGUUCUACUCUGAUGGAAAGAUCCACCUUGGGGUCAUCAACCUGCUCAAUGCUGAGUUUGCCUGUGCCGUGGUGCUCAUCUCCUUCGGGGCGGUGCUGGGAAAGACCAGUCCGGUGCAGCUGCUGGUCAUGGCCCUGCUAGAGGUCCCUAUCUUUGCCGUGACAGAGUGGGCUGUGCUGAAGUACCUAAAGAUCAAUGACGCAGGUGGCUCCAUCCUCAUCCACCUGUUUGCAUGUUACUUUGGGUUGGGGGUCACGUUUGUGCUGUAUCGGCCUAGCCUGAAUGACGGCCACGUCAAUGAGAUUACCAGUUACCAGUCAGACAUCCUGUCGGUGAUGGGAACCUUGUUUCUCUGGGUGUUCUGGCCCUCUUUCAACUCGGCUCUGACCUUAAAGGGUGAUGACCAGCACAGGGCCGUCCUGCACACCUUCAUAGGCCUCAGCUCCUCAACGAUGACUGCUUUCGCCUUAUCUGCCGUAUUCAACAAGAGAGGCAAGCUCACCAUGGCCGACAUUCAGAAUGUGACUCUGGCGGGUGGUGUGACUGUUGGGGCCUCUGUGGACAUGAUGAUCUCCCCUGCAGCCGCCUACGCCCUUGGGAUCAUGGGCUGUACAGCCUGCUUCAUGGGAUACAGAUACCUCACCCCGUUCCUGGCCCGCCGCUUCAGGAUCCAAGACCAGUGUGGCAUCCACAAUCUCCACGGCCUCACCGGCCUCAUAUCCUGCAUGGCCGGCAUUUGUGCCAUCCUCAUGGCCAACGAGGAAACCUAUGGCCCCAGCAUGUACCAGAUCUUCGCCCACUGUGCACCCAUGGAAGGAGACCCAAAGCUCCUAGAGCUACAGCAGCUGAUCCCAGGGCUGACACCCGGCCUGGGGCGCACCACCAAGGAGCAAGCCCUCUACCAGGUGGCAGCUAUCUUCUCUACUAUCGGGGCAGCCGCUGUCGGUGGGGUGCUGACCGGCUUCGCACUGAAGCUGCCCUGUCUCUCCUCGCCGUCUGACGAGUUCUGCUUUGACGACAAGCUGUUCUUUGACGUUCCCUCUGAUUUUGACAGCAUGAGGGUGCACAAGGCCGGCAUAAAGGACAAUCAGGACAAUACCAAGGUCUGA